AUGUUUCAGCCCUGUCACAGGUGUGACAGGGCCCGAUUGGCGAUAAGUGUGCCCUCUCCCCGCCGUAGCUCCUUCCUCUCCGUGGGUAUCUCUCCAUCCCCCCUCGUCCGAUCCGCCACCGUCUCUCUCGUGCUGGAAUUCGACUGGCCGCCACUCAUCUCGUCUUCGACCGCGUCACUCGACCAAUGGUGUAUCCAUCUGGACAGUUUGACAGUUGCUGCGUUCCAACAGAUACAUGACGCCACCGUCGAUCUUCAUCCGUACUAG